AUGGACUCUUUCCCGCCGCCCCCCCCGCCGCCGCCGUCUGGGCCGGUGCUCUUGCCCUUCUCCUCCGAUUCGCCGUUGCCCUCUCUCCCUUGGCCUGACCUCAUCGCCGGCGCGGCCGGUGCCACCCUCCGCCUCGUCUCCGCCCACUCACGCCACUUCCUCGCCCUCUCCUGCCUCCUCCUGCUGCCGCUCUCCCUCCUCCUCCUCUCCCUCCCCGCGCCCUUCCCCGGCGCCUCCCCUUCCGUCUCCCUCCGAUCCCCGCAAGAUUCUUGGAGCACCCCCCUCCUGCUUCUCGCUCUCGUGGCGGCGCUUCUUUACCUCGCCGCCUUCGCCGCCGUCGCCGCCAGCGCGCACGCCGGGUUCUUCGGCCGCCCCGUCAAGCUCCUCGCCUCGCUCCGCUCCGUGCCCGCCUCCGUUCUCCGCCUCCUCCUCACAGCUCUCCCGGCCUCACCUCUUCUGCUUAUCCCCCUGCUCCCACUGCCCGCUGAAAUCAGCACAGGUAUUGCUCUUCUCGGCGUCGCCCUCUUAGUCCCCUUCUGGUCCCUCGCCGGCGCCGCAGCCAUCGUGGAGUCCACUGCUGGGCCCUCCCCGCUCCGCCAGAGCUGCCGGCUGCUCUCCGGCGCACGCCUGGCGGCGCUCUCCGCGUUCUUGGUCUUUGCCGCAGGCAUUGGGGUAGUACUCUGGGGUUUCAGUGGGGUGGCCAUGGAGACAUAUGAUGCUGCCACCGGUUGGGCUGGCAUGGCGCCGGUUGUGGUCAAGGCCAUGGUUGGAACGGCAGUGUUGGCCGCAAUGAUGCUUUAUGGAAUCGUGAUCAACGUGGUAUUGUAUAUGCACUGCCGUGCAAUCCAUGGGGAGCUCACCGGAGAGAUCUACAAUGAAUUUGCAAGCUCAUAUGUCUACCUGCCGUUCGAUGAGGGCAAGGAUCGUCAUAUUGUAUCGGUGGUCACACUGUGGCCUUGA